ACAAUACAAUCGAGGUACGCGACUUCUCUCGAUCCCAUCUACUUUUUGUUGAAAUCAAGCACCACAGCACUCAAUGGGUACAACGCACAUAUCAAAGGAGCGGCCAUUGAUAUGAUACUCGCUGAUCCUUCCGUCGACUAUAUAGUAGAAGAUUCGAUUGCAUCCAUCAGUUGGACUGGAAGCAGGCCGCAACCAAGGAUGGUCGAUGCUUUCGGAAAACGCGCGGAAACCCCUACAAAUGGCACCGACGGUGAAGGAGUAGAUAUCUACGGAAUUGAUACUGGCAUAUACCUUGAGCACAAUGAUUUCGGUGGUCGCGCCGUCUGGGGAGCCACGUUUGGAAAUUACAGCGAUAUAGAUGAAAAUGGCCACGGCACACACACAGCAUCGAUUGCCGCGGGUGCACAAUACGGAAUUGCGAAAGCGGCCCAUCUCAUUGCCGUCAGAGUGCUCGACAAAUCGGGAAAUGGACCCUAUUCCGAUAUUAUCGCCGGGGUCGAAUGGGCUAUGAAUGCUGCUGCACAAUCCGGAAGGCUCAGUGUUGUCAACAUGAGCGUAGGUGGACCAUCCAAUGAUGCCAUGGACCUAGCAGUCCAGAAUGCCGUAGACUCUGGUCUUCAUGUUGUAGUUUCCGCUGGUAAUGCCGGUGCGGAUGCUGACGCAACAUCUCCUGCUCGUGCUGAUAGAAACAAUGAAAGGUAUUUCUUACUGUGCCUGAGCCGGAGCCAAGCUGACGGACUUGUCCAUAGUGCAUCGUUCUCCAAUUUUGGCCCUGAAGUCGACGUGUUUGCCUUAGGCGUGGGUGUAACCGCUGCAUGGAUCGAAGGUCCAGAAUCGACUCAAGUUCUUUCUGGUACUUCAAUGGCCGCCCCAAAAGUUGCAGGAAUCCUAGCCACUGCACUUGGGAAACGAGGCAAGACGACGCCCGCAGAAUUGUCUGCUGCUUUGGUCGAACAUGCCAAACACGCCGUCACAGGACAACCGGCCAAUACUAC